CCAUGUAACUCAAACAACUGCAGAAAAUAAAAUUGGAACAUCACCAAGUUCCAGCAACACUGAGCUUCCCUUGACGAGCCAAGGAACAUCUACAACAAAACCUCCCUCCUCUACGGAGAGUCAGUCUACCUCUCCAGAAUCAGUAACAUCGAUAGGAUCAAGUGAAUCUCCAGUGUUGACGACCAAAGUCAGCACAAAUAGAGUUACAAUAAUGUCUAGCAGUGCUCAUUCCUCAACGAGUGCCAUUUCCUCCCCAUCAAACAGUGUUUUCCCCAGUUCAGCCUCCACAUUCCCUUCAGUCAGUCCCCAUGUAACUCAAACAACUGCAGAACAUAAAACUGGAACAUCACCAAGUUCCAGCAACACUGAGCUUCCCUUGACGAGCCAAGGAACAUCUACAACAAAACCUCCCUCCUCUACGGAGAGUCAGUCUACCUCUCCAGAAUCAGUAACAUCGAUAGGAUCAAGUGAAUCUCCAGUGUUGACUACCAAAGUCAGCACAAAUAGAGUUACAAUAAUGUCUAGCAGUGCUCAUUCCUCAACGAGUGCCAUUUCCUCCCCAUCAAACAGUGUUUUCCCCAGUUCAGCCUCCACAUUCCCUUCAGUCAGUCCCCAUGUAACUCAAACAACUGCAGAACAUAAAACUGGAACAUCACCAAGUUCCAACAACACUGAGCGUCCUCUUACUAGUCAUGGGACAUCCACAACAAACAUGUCCUCCUCUACAGAGGGUCAGUCUACAUCUCCAAAAACAGUGACAACCAAGGGAACAACUGAGUCGGCAGUGUCCACCUCCAAACUCACCACAAAUGGAAUUACAACAACUUUGAGCAGUGAUCAUUCCUCAGAGAGUGCCAUUUCCUCCUCAGCACCGACCAAUGUUUCCCCCGGUUCAACCUCCACAUUCACUUCAGUCAGUCCCCAUGUAACUCAUUUCAGCAACACUGGGCAUCCUUUAACUAGUCAAGAAAUAUCUACAACAAACAUGUCCGUCUCUACAGAGGGUCAGCCUACAUCUCCAAAAACAGUGACACCCAUGGGAACAACUGAGCCGGCUAUAUCCACCUCCAAACUCACCACAAAUGGAAUUACAACUUUGAGCAGAGAUCAUUCCUCAGAGAGUGCCAUUUCCUCCUCAACACCAACCAAUGUUUCCCCCAGUUCAACCUCCACAUUCACUUCAGUCAGUCCCCAUGUAACUCAUUCCAGCAGCACUGGGCAUCCUUUGACUAGUCAAGAAACAUUCACAACAACAAUGUCCUCCUCUACAGCGGGUCAGUCUACAUCUCCAAAAACAAUAACACCCAAGGGAACAAUCACCAUGUAA